GAUAUGUCUGCCCGUUAAGAAGAGACAAUUCAAUAUCAAAACCCUAAAUUGACAUUUGUUUAUAUAGAAAUAUUCUGCUAAAGUUUUGAACUUUAUCAGUUGGGGCAAAAAAUAAAGUUUAGGGCUUUUAAAUACACGAACCUCGUUCCUUAGAUUUUUCUUCUUCUUCUUCUUCUUCUUCUUCUUCUUCGUUUCUGUGACUAUGGCAGCUACUCUUUGGAGAUUAUACUCUAAAUCUGUACGUGGUUCUCUUCAAGGAAUCUUUUUGAACAGACCCUUUAUCCGGAAACAGCUUCUUCUUCCUUCGAGUUGUCAAAGUUUAUCUUUUUCCUCAGAUCAUCAGUUGGGUUCUGCGUCUGCUGAGGUUUCUUCAAAUGCAGCGACCAAUGAUGGUAUCAUAAGUGAAGGGUUCCUAAGAUGGAGAAAUGGAGGAGGGACAUGUCACAGCUCGGCUGUAAUUGAUUCCUCGGCUUUGGUUGAGGUUGGUGCUGUAGUUCAUGAAAAAGCGGUCUUAGGUGCAGAGGUUCAUGUAGGAUCUGGUACUGUGGUUGGACCAUCAGUUAAAAUCGGCCCUUCCACAAGAAUCGGAUAUAAUGUUUCAGUUAGCAACUGUAGUAUUGGUGAUUCAUGUGUGAUCCACAAUGGAGUCUGCAUAGGUCAAGAUGGAUUUGGUUUUUAUGUUGAUGAACAUGGAAACAUGCUGAAGAAGCCUCAAACUUUAAACGUGAAGAUAGGGAAUCGUGUAGAUAUAGGAGCAAAUACUUGCAUUGAUCGAGGCAGCUGGAGAGAUACAGUAAUCGAAGAUGAUACUAAGAUAGACAACUUAGUGCAGAUUGGUCAUAAUGUGAUCAUAGGAAAAUGUUGCUUGCUUUGUGGUCAAGUAGGCAUCGCUGGUUCAGUAACAAUUGGUGACUAUGUGGCUUUAGGGGGACGAGCUGCUGUUCGAGACCAUGUCUCCAUUGUAUCCAAGGUUCGACUCGCUGCUAAUAGUUGUGUUACCAAAAACAUCAGUGAGCCUGGGGAUUUUGGAGGCUUUCCUGCUGUUCCAAUUAACGAAUGGAGAAAGCAGAUUGUUCGAGCUCAGAUUUCGAACAAGAGAAGAACCUAAAUUUAUGUACUACUCAAAUGUAUUUGCAUAAUGUCAUUUGUUAAAGUAGACUCAUGUUAAAGUAAGAACACAAUCAAACUAGUAACUUAGAUGUAAUAAACAAUUAUUUUUUUUACC